AUGGCGCCUCCAAUCCUGCUGCUGGUGCAGCACGCGCUGCCGCCGCACAUCCAAGCCAUCCCACACGCCGUCCAGCUCGUGAACGAGUUUGUCCUGCCGUCGACCAUCGACGCCGCUGUGUACAACGACCUGCAGCGCGUGCUCGAAGUGUUUCAAGAAUCCCGCCCCUACACUGUUGGCGCAAUGGACGGAGCUGCGGCCAGGGGGAAAGAUGCUCCGCGGCAUUUGUUGGCGCCGCGUCUAACGGUCACAUGGACGUGCUGGAGUGGCUCUACCAUUGCUACCCGAAGCUCAGGCAAGGGAUGCAAGAACUCACGGAAGCUGCGAAGCAUGGCCAUCAUGACAUUAUCCAGUACAUACUGA